CGCAUUAAAAUGGUUGCCGAAUAGUCGUGUAAAUCGUCUGGAAGUCUGACUGACAAACAAAUCUGGUAGAUUACUAUGUGUAUUGCUUCAGAACCUUAGUGAAUGCGAAGCUUCUGGAUAAAGGAAAUAAGAUUAAAUCUAUCAGAACAUAGAGAUAAACCUUUCACAGGUCGGGCAGUGAACUAGAGGACAGCUGAUAACGAUGUCACAGUCAGUGUGCGAGUAGAACAAGUGAAGUUCGGAAUGGUCUCAGGCUGCUCGCAAGAACGAAGGCGAAGUUGAGCAGUUUGUAAGGGUGUGAGUAGCGUAAUGCAGCGGGGAGUCACCAUGAGGUUCUUCCUCCUACUGGUUGUUGGAUUCAUCGAUCUCAGGACCAAGGCAGACAAUUUCAGAACUUGCCAGCCGGGGGAUUUUCACUAUGAGUUCACUGAGUGUGAUGAGAAGGGAGGCCGUUGGAGGGUGAGCGUUCCCAAGCCUGGUGUGUGUGAGGGCGGUGCACCCAAUCCUCCAACUCGCACCGAAGAUUGCAGUAUAUCUUGUGACCCUGGCUGGUUCCUCGACCUCAGCAAGCUAGAAUGUUCACUCUGUCCAAACAGCACCUACUCUCUUGGAGGUGGUGUCUACUUUGACAACUGGACAAAGCUCCCAAGUGGCUUCAGCUCAUACACAGAAGCUCUUAGAUCAGCCUUUUCUGCUGGGAGGCGGCGAGGCGAUGUGGACUGUGGAGCUUAUGGCUGGCAGCCACGUGGUGAUGUUCUUGCAAGCAGAGGUGGUCAGUGUGCAGCAGUUCUUGUCUACACUGUUAAGCUGGUGAAGCCAGGAGCUGUCAAAUAUACCUAUCAGUUCACAGAUGACAACAUCAUAUUUGAAUUUCAGGCCCAAGAUAAAGAAUGCCAAAGCAUUGAUGAUGGUGAUGACUACAAAUGGCCCCCAAUCACAAGGGAAGGACAAUGGCAAACACGUACAGUCAAGCUCAAGCCUGGCCUCAAUGUGUUGCACUGGAAAACCAUUGGUAUAGAAGCUGGUGGUUCUUCUAGACCUGUGAUGAUAAAGAGUAUUCAAAUAAGUGGUGUUGCACAUUCAUCUGAAUGCACAGAAUGCCCUGCUGGAACAUACAGUGAGCCAGGUGCCUCAGAAUGCAAGGAAUGUGAGGAAAAUACAUAUGCGCCACGAGGAUCAUCAAAGUGCCUGCCAUGCGACCCUGUGACUGAAUAUGCACCAAAAGGUUCAGCUGAGUGCCUCCCCCGACCACCAUGUACUUCACGAGACUACUAUGAGAUAGAUUCACCUUGUGAUGACAAGAACCAGACACGUGCUGUUUAUAAAUGGGUUGAGCCUCGUGUAUGUCGGAUAAAGAUGGAAGGCUCUGUAAGAUUACCGCCAUCAGGAGAAAUUAAGAUGUGCCCUCCAUGCAAUCCAGGAAUGCACUAUACUGCUGGACAAGGUUGUGUAUUUUGUCCACCUGGUGAACACAGUGAUGGAUUGUCUCCCUGCAAGCCAUGCCCACCAAGUACUGCCCCAAAUUAUGGCUACCAGUACCAGUGGUGGACAGCAAUGCCACCAAGGAUGGCUGCUACUUGCAUGUCUUCUGAUGAUAUUGGAUGUAACAACUCUGAAGGCUGGCAGGUUGCUGGUGACCAUAUUCAUUCUGGUCGAGGACAUGCUGAUGAUGCUUACCUAGUUCUUAGUCUCAAGGUUGGUGGAUUUCGAGGACGUGAAAUGGGUGGAAGACCAAUGGAGGUGGGACGGAUAUCUUUCACUUUUGAGCUGUCAUGUGCUUCUGACUGUGAAUUUGUCUUCAUGGAGGCAUCAAGCAAGAAAGGAGUAAUAGUGCUGAAGAGAUGGACUGGGCCUCAGCCACGAAUGUACUACAAUUAUAUUGUUACUCGUAAUGACUCCUACACUUUUUCUUGGGCAUUCCAAAAGGUGUCAUGGGAAAAGAGCUAUCUGAAGUCCAGCACAUUACGCAUGUAUGAAACUGACAUGGCCAAAGUGUUCAAUAUUAAUGUCACCAACACCAUUGAUGGAGGAGCUUCAUCCUGUCUACCAUGUCCACAAACCUCAGAAGCUGCAGGCUGUAUCCCAUGCCCUGCUGGGCAGUAUAUUGAGAACAGCACAACAGAAUGCACCCCUUGCCCAGCCAAUACUGUUGUGACAGACCCCCUUCCUUAUGGCCCUCAAUCAUGUUUGCCAUGUGGUGUUGGCCUCACAGCUCCAGACCACCUUACUUGUAUAGUUCAGUGCCGGCUUACUGUUGAUAACUACACUUACGACCUUACUAACAUCAGCAGUGCACGGGCAGUGAUGGGCAGUACGCUUUUUACAUCCUCAGGGACUAAGUUCUACCACAUGUUUAAUAUUUCUCUUUGUGGAAAUACCAGUGUAGUAUGUACAAAUAAUGUCACAUACAACAUGGAGGGUGAAGUUUCAACAGUAGUGUCACGUGUUUGCCGAUCCACCAUAGUGCCAGGAGUGGAAGGAAUGUCUGGUCUUUUUAGAGUUGGAGCUAUUGCAACGCAGUCGGUUUCUCUUGGAGAUCACCUUGUUGGAGUCACAACCAGCCCGUCAUACUUGAACAUUAGUGUGAUCAAAGAAUUUGUUCAGCCAAAUCGUACAAACAGAAGGGAUUUGCAUUUUUAUUACUCAACACCAAUGUCUACUCGAGCAUGUCCUGAUGGCAGGAGCACAACAAUAACUCUUCGAUGUGAUCCAGAUCAGCCUGGAGAUGGGAAGGUGACUUUGCCACAACAGUGUCCAGAUGGCACCUGUGAUGGAUGUAACUUCCACUUCUUGUGGUCGUCAGCAUUUGGCUGCCCUGAGUGUUCUGAGAGUGAACUCAUUGUUGUUCGUGGAGAGUGUAAGGAUGGAAAGCAACCUGUUCACUACAUCACUCCAAAAACAUGCAUUGCUCCUGAUAAUCUCCCUCAAGGGCGCACAGUUGCAUGUUCCACAAGGCUGCCUUUCAUUGUGGAAGUUAUUGUCCUGAGUACAGUAAGUAUGGCUCUGAUGUUGUGCCUGCUCCUCUUCUGCCUCUGGAAGAAGAAUCAACGUCUUGAAUACAAGUACAUGAAGUUGGUUGCAAGUGCUUCUUCAAAGGAUGGUAUGAUGGAACUCCCUCCAGCUGAAUCUUGUGCUCUGGAUGAUGGUGAAGAAGAGGAAGUUCAGUUUACCCAGAAUGCCCCGCGAGGAAUUCUUAGCAAACUGAAACACAAUAAGGUUGCACCCAGAGAAGGUCGUGGAUUGCUUGUAGAUUCUUUGAAAAUAUCAUCUAAAGACCCACUGACAUAAAAUCUUAAAGAGUUCAUGGUUCUGGAAAGUUAGUACAGAACCUCCAGUAAAACUAAAUCAAUGUGUCACUGAUGGACAAUCAAAUGUCUGAGUGAACUGUUCUGAUGAACUUACCAGCAGGUCCUAUUAAACCUUGAAUUAUCUUGAUUAGCCUGAGAACUAGUGUACAAGUGAAGAAAACUGCACACACACUCUAAGUUUGUACAUGAUGUUUUUAGGAUCUACCUGAGGAUGCUAGUCAGAUGUCUCAAGAUGACACAUGUGUUCCCUUAAUUUUACUGUAUUGGAAAUGUCCCUAAAUUGAUGAUGAAAGUGAAAAAUGUACCUUGUAUGAUUAAUUUCUUUCUUAUACUGAAGAAAUAUGUAAUUUAUUACAGCAAAUGAUUGUCAGCAGUAAAAAGUGGAAGUAUGAAUAGAAAUUUUAUUGAAGAUUAAAAUAAAGUCAGGUUCAUAUGAGAAAUGUCAUCAUAUCGAUUGGCACAUAGAAGAUUUUAGAUGCACCAAUUUCAUAUGAUAUGAUACACAUUCAUUUUCAUUUCAUUUUUUUGAAAGAAAUAUCUAAGAUAGAAUUAGAUGGCGGAAACUAUGGUAAUGUCUUGAAAAUAUUUCUUCUGAAUUUUAGUACAGAUAUUAAUAGUAAGAAAAAUGUGCCAAUGAUAAAAUAAAAUAAAACAGAAACAUGAUUAAACCAAUUAUGAAUGAUACAGUGCCAGUGUAGUGCAGUGGAGCAAGCUGAAUCCUUGUAGCCUCCUCACCUCCUUGUGACUUGAGUGUGAAGGCAACAAAGCAGGUGUUUUUCCCUUUUUUUCUUUCAAGAGCUCUUAAAA